AUGGAUCAACCUGUUGGGCCUCUUGUCUCAACCGAAUCAGCAAAGCUUCCACCUGGCAUCGAGCUUCGCGGACAAUUCACCGGCCUACGCAGGCUAGAUCCCUCCCAUGCGACGGGUCUUUUCAAGCAUCUUGGCGGAAAAGAAAACUUUUGGCGAUGGACAUACAUGAUGACGAGCGGAUUUCCAUCCAUGGGUAGUUGCACAGAAGCAAUUCGCGAAUGGGCUGAAAAGCAAGAUACAUUCUUUUACUCGGUAUACGACCGGUCGCUCUCUGACUCAGCGUCAGAGCCUGCCGGCAUGGUGUCCUACAUGGCGGCGGUCCCGGAUCAUCGACGAAUCGAAAUCGGUAGCGUUAUUCUGGGCGAAAAGCUCGUCAAGUCGCGACAAGCCACGGAAGCAUUCUAUCUCUUCAUAAAACAUGCGAUUGAGGAUCUCGGGUACCAGCGCGUGGAAUGGAAAGCCAAUGCUCUCAACGCACCCAGUCGAGCUGCAGCUACCCGUCUAGGAUUCACCUUUGAAGGAAUCUUUCGCAAACACAUGGUCAUCAAAGGCAGGCGGCGUGACACUGCGUGGUUCAGCAUCACCGAUGAUGAAUGGCCAGUCAUCAAGGCCGGUUUCGUUGCUUGGUUGGACAAGGAUAACUUUGAUGACAACGGGAACCAGAAAAGGACGCUGCAGCAGUGCAGACUGCCCAACGGGACAGAAUCCUUGAAAUAA